UAUCACUCAUCGUAAUUCCACGACAUUCUCAUCAGCGAGGACAAGACGGAAAUUCACCGCCAAAAAGCCGCGUGCGGCAAAACGUGUAUCGACGAGGGGAUUCGUACCGGAGGGGAGCCAGAGCUUAGGUACCGCCGAUAGCGUCGUUCCCGUUCGAUCGAAUUUCGGGCUGCGUUUCCUGUGCUAUAGCGGUAUUUCAAACCACAGCUAACUACUGCCUCGUCACCGAAAAGAAUUUUCCAGCAUUUUCACGGUUUAUCGCCUCGAUUAGAAAAAAUGUCUUCACGAUACCGAGAAUGGGACCUUUCUUGCAAAGUUUACGUUGGCAACUUGGGCAGUAGUGCAAGCAAACAUGAAAUAGAAAGUGCAUUCAGCAAGUACGGCCCUCUGAGAAAUGUGUGGGUUGCCAGAAAUCCACCUGGAUUUGCUUUUGUUGAAUUUGAAGAUCCUAGGGAUGCUGAAGAUGCGGUCAGAGGACUUGAUGGAACUCGCUGCUGUGGAACAAGAGUUAGAGUAGAGAUGUCAUCUGGCAGAAGUCGCCGCGGUGGUGGAGGACGCAGGCCUGCUUCACGUUACUCAAGAUCUCGAUCUCGCAGCCCUCGUAAAAGGUCCAUAGGUCGUUAUGGAAGAUCCUCUUCAAUUAGCCCUCGAAGAUCCCCAGACUACCGAGCCAGAUUGCACCAGCGUCAGGUCAUAGCUCUGCUCGUCUCCCCGCCACUACUACUACUACUGCUACUACUACUACCACUACUACUACUACUACUACAGCCACCGUGAAAAAGCAAUCAAACAUCUAGCAAUCAAAACCGAACAAAAUAUUGCCUGUCUGCCCACUAACCAGUCUCCCAACCAGUCACCAUCAGUCACCACCAGUCGAAUUCGCCAAUCGUCAUCACCGCCUAGUGCAGCCUAAGUCGUCCGAUCGACAGACUGAACGUUCUCGACGGAACGCUAAGUCUGACAGUCGCUCGUCUCGCUGAUGUCGUCAAGCCCCCCGACAAUACAAAAUUAUAGAAAUAAACAGACUCCACCGAUGAGAGCAAUAUGAAAAAAACGUACAGAACAAUCAUAGGACUUCUUCGAUCAACGCGAUACUUCAAUUCUUCAAUACUUCUUCCAUCGAAAUUACGUCUGUCCUGACUUCUACCACUGCUCUCCGACCAUUCUGCAAAAGUCAUGCCAUCACGUGUUUACCUUAAGCUGUGACGUCUGAUCGCCACAUCUCGUCUUCGAGCUUCCGGCAAAGCAAAUGCGCAUUCACGACCUGUUUGUUAAAAACCAACUACCAUCCCAUCCAACCAACUACCACCACUACCAACCACCACAUUCAAAGUUAUCUGGUCACGCUCACGCAGUCCACGCAGAAGAUCGUUGACACGCAGCCGCAGCCGAGACCGCCGUUCUCGUUCAGACUCUCGUGACAGACGGUAUUAAAUACAAACGACACCACGAAACUUGCAUAUUCGAUACACAGAUUAGAUGAAUGGUGUGUCCAGUCUUGUUGCAAAACUGUAGAAUGGAUCAGUGCGAUAAAUACAGGUGUGAUCCCCGUCUUAAAUUUCAAUGUCAAUGACUUUUCACCGGAAACGACUUGUAGCCCAUCGAGUAAUUUUUACAAGCGCGCAUAGAGGGAAACGCGAGUUCAUGAAAUUAGCUACGGAAUACAAUGAUUAUUAUUUGCUGAAAAAUUAGCCCUUCGUUGAGAGUUGCAUCAUUAUGAUGAUGGUAUAUGCAUGUACAUUGUUGUGUGCAGGUUAAGGAUUGACGGGACGCUAUUGUGCAGCGCCAAUUCUCGAGUAUAGAAUAAGAUUAGUGACAAAGGGAAAGAAUACUUCGAUUUGUAUAUACUCUAAGAGGGGACGCACUAUUUUUCAUUUAGAAGCAAUUAUUGUUGCAUAGUAUUUUUCACAGAAGAAGACACAUUCAAACACAACCACAGAGAAUAUUGUAAUCAAUAGAACAAAACAUGAACUAUUGAAUAUAUACGCGCAUAUACAACAAAAUGCUUAUUAUCUGUAUUUAUCGAUUAUCAAACAUGUGGUUAUCAAACAAGUAAGGUAAGCGUGAAGUAAUUUUUAACUCUCAUACAAUAAAUGUGUAAACAACAUGAUUCACCUAUUUGUAUCACUUUUUAUAUAGUUUGAAGCUAAUUUAAGUUUUUAUACACUGAAUUUGCCAAAAACACUCUUUCGUAGACAGUUAAAUGCCAGAUUUUGAUUUUCAAUUCAUAGGAACUUCAUUCUGAGUUAUUUUAGAUGAAGAAAACUAUUAAUUAUGCAAAAUUAAUUUGAUUUUAAUUUUGUACAUGAUUUGUAUGGAAAUAUAUGAAAUAAGAACGUCAAAAAAAAAAAACAUCAUUUACAAAAAUAGAAAAUAAAACAUCUGUUUUGCGUAAUUAAUUAGAUAACUACGAAAUCUCGUAAAAACCUUGUGUUAAGAAAAUGUAAUUCCUACUUAAUAAGUAAAUUCUUUGUCAUUUUAUAAGCGUAUUGAAACACUGCGCUGGCAUGUAUUUUGAUAUUACAUACAAAUUUUCUUGCAAAAAAUUCAACCCAUGUAAGAGCUUAUGUAAAAUAGAAAAAUAAGAUACCAACAAUUUCAAAAAAUCGUAUUCUCAAAAGCGCAAAAUGAUUAGUGACACUGAAUCAGUAAAAUUACAAUUCGCAAAAAACUAUCGCAGUAAAAUAUUGCAAACUAUCACUUUAUUAUUGUAAAGCGAUCAAACUCGUCUCAUUACUAUUUUCUUUAUGAUUCAUUAAAAAAAUAAAAUAUAUCUAUAUAUAUGAAUAUAUAUAUAUAUAUAUAUAUAUAUAUACACUUUGAAAUUUAAAAUCACAAUUAAUUUGUAAAUUAUUUUAUUAAUGAGUUUGAUUUCUCAAUAAAAAUAAUUAAAAUUCUCAAGUUUCAUAUUUCUUUAUUUGGAAAAAACGGAAUUAUAGCUUAUGUAGGUAACAUUAAGUUAAGUGAGUUCUAUAGUUAUUUAAGUAUCUAUUUGAGUCACAUUAUUUUAUGUACAAAAUAUUGAUACCUUGUUUUUUAUUAGAAUCAAUAUUAAUUAAACGCGAGUUUAGGUACCUAUAAACAAAAUUAGAUAUUAUUGAACUAAAUUUUAUGCCCCAGAUUAAUUUUUGCCAAUUGUUUAUAAAUUUACCACACAUUAAUCGAUUUCGUAAUGUACUUUGAUCCUUCCUGUUAAUUUAAAUAUUAAAAUACAGUUAACAAUAUAAAGUUAAUGACAGAAACAUUUUUUCGCUUUAAAUUCUGGCUAAAUAUUAAAAUAUGAUCUGCCUAUAUCAAUUACAUCUUCAAGCAAUACAAUUUGACAUAUCUUGUAGCACAAAUAUAAAAAUGAUUGACUAAGUAAUUUAACUAGAGGGGAGAAAUACCAUUGAAGGAAGAGUGGUUUUGGCAUUUGUAACACAGGAAACAUUUGUCUCCUUCAAUGAAUAUGAAUCCUUUAUUUUUCUUUGUCAAAAAUGUGAUGCUACACAACAAAAUAUUAAAAUGAAUUCUUAACACUU